AUGCCAUCCGAAUCCUCUACCUUCAUGCAACCCACCUCUACACCUACCGGUCUCUCUUCAGAAUACGAACUGUCUAUACCCUCCUUAGAGGAGCGGCAAGCCGGUGAGGAUGUCAUCAUGGCGGACAUGCUAACAGCCAUGCAGCUAGAGGGCCUGGAAGUAAGCACUCCUUCGCCUUCGAACAAGUGGACAAACAUGGGUGUAGAAGCUGAUUCGGAAGCCAGUCCGAUCUCAGCUGAGCUGGACGAACAACAACCCGAAAGCCUUCAUGCUUCGGACAGGUCAGCUCAUAGCGACUCCUUGACAGCGACAGGCUUCGCGGAUGACGAACAGACCGCGCAGCCCGAGGAGUACGCAGACGAUUUCGACUCUCUCGAGGAUUUCGAUAUUGACUUCAGCGCGCUUCUCCCAUCGGAUUUCCCCGAUUUCCCCUUCGAUGAUUUGAACGACCCCUCCGACGAAAAAUGGGCAGAGAUGCUAAAAGAAGUCGACGCAUGGAACAAAACACACAACGGCGCAGCCGAAGAAGACACUCACACCAACACCACUCCCGGCGAACCCUUCACAUACGCCGUCGACCCCUUCACCCCAGAAAUCUGCAAAGCCGAUCUAAUCCGCUGCCCCGUUCCCAUCCCCACACCAGAAACCAACAUCCUCGCGCACUUCUCCACAGAAUACGCGCGCUCGAUCCGGCUCCUCAAAGUAAAAUACCGCUGGUACCACUCCAGCCCCUCAGACUGGCAAAAAGAAGUCACCACCCUCAUCUCCGGCAUCUCCAACGCGUCCAACAACCUAGAGCCCUGGCUACCGUUGCACAGAUGGCUCGUACUAUACCGCCGCCUGAUGCAAGGCGCGACGGCCCGUGAGCGCUACAAGACCAAGAAUUUCUUGCUGAAGAAGUUGGAGGCGAUGGCUAAGAUGCGGAUGGAGGAGAGUAAGGCGGCGGUUGUGGAGUUACUGCAGGCGAAGGGGAUGAAGCUGGCGCAUGGGGCUUUGUGUGGGAUGAAGCGUGCGGUUGAUGAGGAUUGUGAGAGAAGGGGAAGUUUGCUGCUUGGGACGAUUCCGGAGUUUACGAAUGAGCUUGUUGGGGGGUUUUCGGGGAGGUGGUCGUGGGUAGACUAG